AUGGCACCUCAGACCACGUCUCUUCUCUCUCGCCCAAAUGGCCGGCAGCCCAGUGACAUACUGGGGCCUCUGGUCAGAGCUGGGGGCUCUGCGAGAGGGCUUCCACACGGUGCGCGAGAGGGGACGUGCGGCCAAUCGCUGCACUUUCUCCACUUGGCAGCAAGGUCUGAAAUGUGGCCGCCGCUCGAAACCAAGGGCUACGGAAUGCGGCGGGGAGAAAAGAAAGCCGUGCCUCGGCCCACAGCGGCGGAGAGGACGGGAGACGAGCGGGGACGGCCGGUUGCCGUGGAGAAAGCAACGCCGCGCGGCAGACUGCGCGCGAAUAAAAUGGCGGCGGGCGGCAGCGGCCCGUCGCGGGUGUGCAGAGCGCCGGGCGGCCUCUCGGAGCCCGCCGGGAGCGGCGCGGUAAGCGGCGAUUUGCUGGCGCGGGAGGAGCACUACAAGAAACUGAAUGCAGAAUUAGAAGCAAAAAGAGAAAAACUGAUGCGUCAGACCGAAGAAGUCAUGAAGAGCCAGCAAGAGACACUAUCUAGACCAAUUUCAGUACAAACUAAGUACUGUGAAGAUGACAAACAGAGAGAUCCACUCUUUCUUAAAGUUUCAUCUCUUAAGCACUCUCAUACCAAGCCAUCAAACAAAAAGAAAUGUGCUUCUGCAUCCAUGGUUCAGAAUAGAACGUAUUCUGGAAAUAAAGGGAAAAGAAUAACGUCAAGUUCAGAAAUCAAUCUGGAAACACAAAAUGCUGAUGAUGUUGCAGUGUUGGAGGAUUGCACUGGUUUUUCUUUAGCAAAAACAGUGAGUGAAAUUGAAGGAAAAGUAGAGAAAGGAGGCUUGCCAGAUUGUCUGGAUGAUGAUAUUAUUCCAAACACUGCAAGUGAAGUUGGAGCAGAAACACAAAUCAGGUUUCUUAAGGCAAAGUUACGUGUUAUGCAGGAAGAGCUGGAUAGCAUCGUGUGCGAAUGCAGCAGAAAGGAAGAUGAAAAUCAGAAUUUAAAAUCUCAGCUUAAAGAUACUGAAGAAGAAAGGACGAGACUGCAACGAAAGAUCAGUGUGCAGCAGUCUCAGACUGAGAAAUACAAGAUGUUAUCACAAGAAGCAAGCAAAAAGUGUGAAGGAUUACAGCAAGAGGUUGUUUCACUAGAAAAGGAAUUAGAGAAUUUAAAGCGUGUACAAAAACAAGCUGCAAGCAGACAGAGUGCAACAGAGGUUCGCUUAAAUAGGGCCCUGGAAGAAGCAGAAAAGUAUAAAGCAGAGCUGAAUAAACUGAAGCAAAGUAACAAGGAUGUAGCUAACCAAGAACUCAAAAUAAUUGAAGAAUUAAAGGCAGAAAACAAGAAACUGCAGAAACAAAAAGGAGAACUAAUAACAGGUUUCAAAAAGCAACUGAAGUUAAUUGAUAUUUUAAAGAGACAAAAGAUGCACAUUGAAGCUGCUAGGAUGCUUUCUUUUACUGAAGAGGAAUUCAUGAAAGCUCUUGAGUGGGGAAAUGAUUGAUUCAAACUUGUUUGAAAUACAAAGCAGACGCCUGACAGGCUGCUUUGGAAUGUCACAUGCAAUACAGAUUUCCUGUGAAGUUCCGAGCCCAGCUGUCUGUUCUGUAAGGAGCCAGGAGGCACACAGAGCAGGUGAACUUUGUUAUCUGUUCUUCUGUUUUAGCAUUCAAAACUGUUAAUAAGGUAACAUUCAGUCUAAAGAGAAGCCAGAGUGACUACAAUCUGAUACAGCUUAUUGUUUGAAAGUUCCUAUUUUAUUUAGUCAAGGUAAAAAAAAUAAAUAUAAAUAUUCAUAUAUUUCUGUGGUCUUUAGAUACUGGUAAUGGAUACAGUCAGCAGCAAUGGCUCCGUAUCACAGGUGCUCUACAUGCAUUAUUUCCUGAAAAAGUUUAUCAUCUCAUCAUUAUAACAGAGUAUUAAAUAAAAAUGUGGGUGUAGAUGAACCAUGCGUAUGAUGUACACUAAUGAACAAGAGUAAUAAAAGCCCGUGCUGGUUAAUGAAGCUUUGUUAAACCUCAGCUAUUUCAGUGGAUUCCUGAGAGUGAUUUAGUAGAACAGUGACACACAAAGUUUGUUUGAAGUGAGGCUAUUAGCAAUGACUCUGCAAGGUGCUUAUAGUGAGAGCGGGGCUGGUCUCUUCUCACUGGUGACAGGACGACGGGAAAUGGCCUCCAGUUGCACCAGGGUAAGUUUAGGUUGGAUAUCAAGGAAAACUUCUCUACAGAUAGGGUUGUGAAGCACUGGAAUAGGCUCCCCAGGGAGGUGAUUGAGUCACCAUCCCUGGAUGUGCUUAAAAACCAUU